GGGGGUGGGAAGAGAGUUGAUGGGUGGGGGGGAACCCUUUCCCUCCCCCUCCCUCCAGCCUCAGUGGCUGAUUUUGUUCUCACUGUACACUUUACUAUUGCUUGCAAUGUGACACUAAAAUAUAUACUCUCUCUCUCACACACACACACACCACAUACACACACACACACCCCCAUGCACGCACACAGACACAGACACAGACACACACACACACACACACACAGAGAGCACUGGGGUAUCCAAAGUGGAAUACUAAAGGAGAUACAUAUAUAACAAAAAGCAACAAGAAGGGAAACCAGUCUUGCCAAACAAGGAACUAUUUUUUUUAUAACUCUUAUUUCUUCUGAAACAUGUUUGGGUCUACCAUGGCACUGGAUUUUGUAGUGGUUUUCUGCUUGGCAUCUGCAAUUGCAGCAGUGGAAGAAACCUUGAUGGAUACCCGGACGGCUACAGCUGAGCUGGGCUGGACUGCAAACCCUCCUUCAGGGUGGGAAGAAGUGAGCGGCUAUGAUGAGAACCUGAACACCAUCCGCACUUACCAGGUGUGCAACGUCUUUGAACCCAAUCAGAACAACUGGCUCCUCACCACGUUCAUAAACAGACGGGGCGCCCACCGCAUCUACACCGAGAUGCGCUUCACCGUGCGGGACUGCAGCAGCCUCCCCAAUGUCCCUGGCUCUUGCAAGGAAACCUUCAACCUGUACUACUAUGAGACGGAUUCUAUCAUUGCCACCAAGAAGUCGGCCUUCUGGACGGAGGCACCCUACCUCAAAGUGGACACAAUUGCUGCUGAUGAGAGCUUCUCCCAGGUGGACUUUGGGGGCCGGUUGAUGAAAGUGAACACUGAGGUGAGGAGCUUCGGACCCCUCACCCGUAAUGGCUUUUACCUUGCCUUCCAGGACUAUGGGGCUUGCAUGUCACUGCUCUCAGUCAGGGUCUUCUUCAAGAAGUGCCCGAGUGUGGUGCAGAACUUUGCCAUCUUCCCAGAGACCAUGACUGGGGCGGAGAGCACAUCUCUGGUGAUUGCACGUGGCACCUGCAUUCCCAAUGCUGAGGAGGUGGACGUACCCAUUAAGCUGUACUGCAAUGGUGAUGGAGAGUGGAUGGUUCCCAUUGGCCGCUGCACUUGCAAGGCUGGCUACGAGGCUGAGAACAACGUGGCCUGCAAAGCUUGUCCAGCAGGGAUGUUUAAGGCCAACCAGGGCAUGGGGACCUGUGCCCAGUGUCCCACUAACAGUCGCUCCACGUCGGAGGCCUCUCCCAUCUGCACCUGCCGCAAUGGCUAUUAUCGUGCUGAUUUUGACUCACCAGAGGCAGCCUGCACCAGUGUCCCGUCAGGGCCCCGCAACGUUAUCUCCAUUGUCAAUGAGACGUCCAUUAUCCUAGAGUGGCACCCGCCCCGGGAGACAGGCGGGCGUGAUGACGUAACCUACGACAUUGUCUGUAAGAAGUGCCGGCCUGACCGCCGCAGCUGCUCCCGCUGCGAUGACAACGUGGAGUUUGUACCCGGGCAGUUGGGCCUGACAGAGACCCGGGUCUUCAUCAGCAGCCUUUGGGCCCACACGCCGUAUACCUUUGAGAUCCAGGCUGUUAAUGGUGUCUCUGGCAAGAGCCCCUUCCCCCCGCAGCACGUGUCGGUGAACAUCACCACAAACCAAGCUGCUCCCUCCACAGUUCCCAUCAUGCACCAGGUAAGUGCCACCAUGAGGAGCAUCACACUGUCGUGGCCUCAGCCAGAGCAGCCCAAUGGCAUCAUCCUGGACUACGAGAUCCGUUACUAUGAGAAGGUGAGCCGGAUCUGCCACCCCGAGAUCAGCAGCACUGUGGGUUCACGACCAGCCACCGAUCACAACGAGUACAAUUCAUCCAUGGCCAAGAGUCAAACCAACACGGCCAGGAUCGAGGGGCUGAGGCCUGGCAUGGUGUAUGUGGUGCAGGUGCGAGCCCGGACAGUGGCUGGCUAUGGGAAAUACAGCGGGAAAAUGUGCUUCCAAACGCUGACAGAUGAUGACUACAAGUCAGAGCUGAGAGAGCAGUUGCCUUUGAUCGCAGGGUCUGCAGCAGCCGGUGUGGUCUUCAUUGUCUCGCUGGUGGCUAUUUCAAUCGUCUGCAGCAGGAAGCGGGCUUACAGCAAAGAGGCCGUGUACAGUGAUAAAUUACAGCACUACAGCACUGGCCGAGGCUCUCCAGGGAUGAAGAUCUAUAUUGACCCCUUCACUUAUGAGGACCCCAACGAGGCUGUCCGCGAGUUUGCCAAGGAGAUUGACGUCUCAUUCGUGAAGAUUGAAGAAGUCAUUGGAGCAGGGGAGUUUGGAGAAGUGUAUAAAGGACGUCUGAAACUGCCCAGCAAGAGGGAAAUCUAUGUGGCCAUUAAGACAUUAAAGGCUGGCUACUCUGAGAAGCAGCGUAGGGAUUUCCUGAGUGAGGCCAGCAUCAUGGGACAAUUUGACCACCCAAAUAUCAUUCGGCUGGAAGGAGUGGUGACCAAAAGCCGGCCAGUCAUGAUCAUCACAGAGUUUAUGGAGAAUGGAGCUCUGGACUCCUUUCUGAGGCAAAAUGACGGGCAGUUCACAGUCAUCCAGCUGGUGGGGAUGCUCAGGGGAAUUGCUGCGGGAAUGAAGUACCUUGCGGAGAUGAACUACGUGCACCGGGACCUCGCCGCCAGAAACAUCCUGGUCAAUAGUAACUUGGUGUGCAAAGUGUCUGACUUCGGUCUCUCGCGCUACCUGCAAGAUGAUACCUCUGACCCAACCUAUACCAGCUCCUUGGGUGGGAAGAUCCCGGUGAGGUGGACAGCCCCUGAGGCCAUCGCCUACCGCAAGUUCACCUCCGCCAGUGAUGUCUGGAGUUACGGCAUUGUCAUGUGGGAAGUGAUGUCCUUCGGAGAGAGGCCGUACUGGGACAUGUCCAACCAAGAUGUAAUCAAUGCAAUUGAGCAAGAUUACCGUCUUCCCCCUCCUAUGGACUGCCCAGCUGCGCUGCACCAGCUCAUGCUAGACUGCUGGCAGAAAGACCGCAACACCCGCCCUCGCUUCACUGAGAUAGUCAACACCCUAGAUAAAAUGAUCCGCAACCCGGCAAGCCUCAAAACUGUAGCUACCAUCACCGCUGUGCCUUCUCAGCCACUGUUAGACCGCUCCAUCCCAGAUUUCACUGCCUUUACCUCAGUAGAAGAUUGGUUAAGCGCCAUUAAAAUGAGCCAGUACAGAGACAACUUCCUGACUGCUGGCUUCACCUCCCUCCAGCUUGUUGCCCAGAUGACCUCAGAAGAUCUCCUGAGAAUAGGGGUGACUUUGGCCGGACACCAGAAGAAGAUUCUGAAUAGUGUCCAGUCUAUGAGAGUACAGAUGAGUCAGUCUCCAACCUCGAUGGCAUGACGUCUCUCAUUUUAUGGGGAUGGGAAAGGGAGGGGAAACAAUGAAGGGUCAGAGGUGGGACGGGAGGAACAGACUGACAAAGCAGUGAAAAAUGUGGAAAGGUUGAAUUAUCGUCUAAGAACUGUAGCAGCUGCAGACAAAGAACACAUGGGACUUGUUUCUAACCGGCAGCUUCCGUUUCUCGCUAACAGAAGCACACUUACCAAUGCCAGGGGAAACAGCAUAUAAAUAAAUAUAAAUAUGUACAAAUCAUAUAUUUAAAAGACAAUGAAGACAAACCAAUGUGUGUUGGGAAAAAAAUAGACUCCAAUCCCACCACCAGUGAGCAGUAGUCAAAACUGAUAAGAAACAAGGGGCCAGUGGGGUGGGGAGAGGUGCAAGAAUUGAGUUUCCAACCCAGAGAAACCAUCUUCAGCAACGACAUUCCUUUUCUUUUCUUCUUUUGCUCCCCUCCCUGACCUCUCUCCCACACCCCAUUCUCUUUCUACUCAUGAUCUAUGUGGAAGUGUCUUCAAAAGUCUCCACAGCUACCUACUGUAAUAUCAAGAUGUUGUUCUGUCAAGUACCAAAGGACUUCACUGACCACUGCAUGGGGGAUCCAAAUCAAUCCAGUUAAUGUCUUCAUAUUGAAGAAGAGAUGUACCUUCAAUAGAAAACCUUGUUUUUCUUUUGCUUGCAUUUUUUUGCAAAAAGGAAAAAAAAACAUAAUGGAAAAAGAAAAAGGUGUUCCCGUGUGCGCGCAUGCGCAUUUGUAUGUGUACUUUGUCAACUUACUGUGGAUUCACUGCUUCUCCAUAACAGAGAAAACAAACCAACCCAAGUAGAAUGGAUGGUAAAUUCAUAACAUCCAGCGGAACUGGUGGUGUGGGGGAAGGGAGAAGUGAUUGGCUUUGCUUUCUGUCUGGAUCAGUUGUACCUGGAAAGUUUAAUGAGAAAUAAGAGAAAAAUAAAGCAAACCCAACUUUCAAUGUUUUGCAAACCUGGAGGAAGAAGCAAAGGAACAGUCAGGUUGGAUACUGCACGGGUUUCAUAUGGGAUUAUUAUGAGAUGCACAGUGUUUGUUACGGGAUUGUUGACUGCAGAGGCAACAGGAAAAGAAGACAGACAGACACUCUGGAAAAUAGACUGGUUAGUCCUCCAGUAUCUCCAUGAUCUGCAGAAGAUGGCUAUGGAGAACUUUUUUUCCCAUCGUGUGAACCUAAGGAUUUUGCUAUUAAAUUACUGACUUAGGUUUCAUGGCUUCAGAGGGGGAAUACAUCAGUAGUUCAUCUCACAAGGAAAUGGAGACAGGACAGCAUACUGCUGACCUCCAUUUCCUCUGGCAAAGCACCCUGCCACCAUGACUGCAGGAUGAAUGCUGACGUCUCCACCGCGAAGUCAGGCUCUUGUGCCAAGGCUUCGCUCUGUCCUGAUGAGCAGAGGCGAUGAGAGCCCUCGUCUCAGCAGCAUGCACUGUGCCGGCCAGCAGAUGCCCUGUCCUGUACAUAGUCAAUGAGAUGUCUGUACAAGAUUUUGCCCCGUUGUAAUUUUUUUUCCCGAUUCGUUGAUUGUGUUUAAAUUGUCAGAGUUUGUAACGGUAACUUUCAGAGAAUAUUGUACUAAAGAGAAAAUUGCACUCAAUAAAAAUGAUGAAAUAAGCCUGAUGACUUU